AUGUCGUUGUGGAGCACCUAUCGAUCACUGACCCCCAAGACCCGGGCCCUCUUCGGUGUCGGCGUCAUGGCCUGGGCAACGAUCGGACUCUGGACCACACCGCAGGUGGAAAACGCACUGGGGAUGCAGGCUUCUCCGAGCGAGAAGGAGGAAUUGGACCGACAACUUGCGGUGCGAAUCUCGCGCGUCGGAGGGGAUGGGAAGAGCGAUGAGCGGGCGCAUUGA